AUGUAUCUGGAGCUUAUCGGCCUAUACGUUUACUCCUAUCUGGCAGGAUCAAUCCCGACUCCCUACAUCAUCGCAAAGGUCGUGAAGGGGAUUGACUUACGGCAGUACGGUAGUGGCAAUGUGGGCGGUUCUAACGUCAUUCAACAGCUGGGUAAGGGUUGGGUUGCCCCUUUGGCGCUCGUCGAAUUCUUGUUGAAAGGGUUGUCUCCGGUAGUUCUUGGUUUCAUCCUCCGCGCGUCUCCCUUGUUCCUUAUUGCUCCACUGCUGGCUCUGGCAGGUAACAACUGGUCGGUCUUCUUACGCUUUCAGGGUGGGCGGGGGUUGAUGGUUGUCUGCGGCAUGUUGAUUGCUUUGGUUCCCUUACUGUUUGUAAUUGGCAUUGCCGUCUAUCUGAUUGGGUGGAGAAUUAGCCGGAGUUCGGCAGUAUGGGCACUAACUGCUGUUGGGCUACUACCAAUUAUAGCAUUCGUGACCGGAGGAUAUUUGGUUGUCGAUUGGUUAGGUCUGUUGGCGGGCCUGUCCGGAGAGACACUGACUCCGGUGCCCUUGGGUGAAGUUGUCGGGAUAAGCUGGUUUUGUUUAGUUAUUCUGGUGAUAGUGAUCUUGAAGCGUACGCUUUCGAAUUCGAUGGCGUUUCCGAUGGAGAUGUCCAAGAGGAAGGUGCUGUUUAACCGCGUUUUUCGAGACAGGGACUUUGACGACCGAACGGCUUGGUUAAGCCGGGGGCCCGAAUAG